GGCGCCGGUAUAAAGCGGCCCGCCGCCGCCGCUGAGGCAUACACAUCGACGUGUCUCACAGCUCAGCAACAUGUUCAGACUGAUCGUCCUCGCUUGCGUCCUGGCCGUGGCCUUCGCCGGCCUGCUCCCGCUGGGCUACUCCGGCCUCGGCUACUCCGGCCUCGGCUACUCCGGCCUCGGCUACUCCGGCCUGGCGCACGGCUACGCCGCCGCCCCGGCCGCCUACAGCGCCGCUGCCUUCCCCACCUACGAGACCGUCAGCCACAGCGUCGACAUCGCCGCCGAGCCCUGUCGAGCAGCACGGCUACGUCGUCAAGUACUAAGCCGCUGACCAUCGCCCUGCCCCAUGGCUUCUUCGCCGCUUUUGGCUGUUUCUGUCCUCUCUCUUUGUCUGUGAUGAUCACACACUGGGACCGCUGUGAGUGCCUGCCGCCGCGUGAGCUGACGUGACGUCAGACCUGCCCGCUGAGCCCGCUGAUUGGCUCCGGGACGCCAGCGUCGCGGUCACGUGACGAGUGACGUCCCGGUCGCCGCCGCUGGACACGUCGAAUGUGUAUUUUUGAUAAAUAUAUUGUGAACACCACCACACAA